CGAUUCUGCUCUUCUUCUUCCCGCUGCAGCCACCCGAAGAAAAAAAAAAGGGGAACCAGCCAUGCUUUUAGAAACCGGUGAAGCUUGAUGGUUCUUGCCUUAUUUUCUUGUUCUAGAACCUGAUUUGGAACCCAGAAAUCUCCCCCCUGCAGGAAGCUUCCGGAUCUGCUCUGUCCUUCCUCCCCUGUCCGCCGGCUGCUCUUGCUUGUGGGGUGUGAUUUGCUCCGGUUUUGGGUAAGAAACAGCCCCUAAUUCCUUUGUUCUUGCUUGAAUUGGCUUGGGUUAACUUUGAGUGCUCUUAUUUCCUUCAAUUUUGGGUAGAUCCGUGAGCUUCCCCCUGUAGAUUCCGCCGGCCUUCCCCAAUCUGCACUCCGAUUUUGCUUGCUGGAUUUAUGGUAUGUGACAGCCUUUUAAGGCUUAAAUUAUCCAUUUAAAGUUGCUGCUUGUGAUGUCCGAAUUUGGCUAGGAAAUGGGGAAAUUCCGAUAGCAAUUAAGAGGGAUUUAAGUGUGUUUUGUUGCUUAAUUCAAGUGAGAUUUAUGUGAUUGAGUGUUAGAUGGUUGUUGUGAUUUUUGGAGAAAAUCCCGUGAGAUUAGCUAGUGUUUUGGCCAAUUUGUGGAAGAAUGAUCCUAAUGAUGAGUUUACCUUGAAUUUGUAAUAGUCCGGUAUUGAUUCUCGGAUUUUUGAUUAGGUUCUUGAUCGUUCUGUCAGUUUAGUACGUGAAUUGAGUGCUCGAUUUUAUGCGAGUGAGGUAAGUAAAUUUAUGGUAAUGCCCGUACUGUUUUAAAAGCAUGUUUUGAUUUGUUUUUGAAAUGGUGGUGGGACUAAACCCGUUUUACACGAGCAUGACUGAUUUGAAGUGAAAUGUUUUAUGCUUUUCAUUAAAUUGAGCAUGCCUACUUGAAAUUUGAUUGAUUGUCCUGAUGAUUUGAAAGUGAUUGGUAAAGUAUGUUUUUCUGUUAACUUCAGCUUGUUUUGUCUCCGAUAUGGUCAUGUUAUUUCUGUAAUCCCGCUAGUGGGGGUUAAACGCUAGCACAUGUUUCUGUAAUCCUACUAGUGGGGGUUAAACACUAGCACAUGUCGACAUGUUACUGAUAGAACCGGUUCGUUUCUGUAACCUUACUAGUGGGGGUUAAACACUAGUAAUUUCUGUGGCCCGCCAGUGGGAGGUUUAUAAACGCUGGCCGUGACUUAUGGAGGAGACGUCUAUUUCGUUCCCGUACCGUAUCUGUUUUCGUGAUUGUACUUGUUGGCAUGCUACAAGUUUAAUUAAGGGCACUCCAUAUUUACUUACUGAGUUUAUCUCAUAGUUUUUCCUUGUCCACCAUUUCAGGAUGUGAAAUCGAGGACGGGGAAACCACGGGAAGUGACGAGUUAGAAAGCUAGCCAUUACGAGAUUAAUAUAGAUUUUUAGAAAUAAAUCAUGAUCUUGUAAGCUAGAGUGUACUUGGAGAUUUAUGAUAUCGGAGAAAUUUUAAAGAUUUGAUCUUCAGUUUUGGUGGUAUCAGAGUGUGAUAUGAUAAGUUCCGAACCUUGUGCAUUUA